AUGGCUACCAAGUCGCCGCUGGUUGUCUGUCUGUGUAUAGAAGAUCUGGACUGCGCCUUCUGCGACAUUGUCAUUAACCAGAUAGCCACUGGUCAUUUCUUUGGACCAGAUCAGCCCUUCCAUUUGGUAUUUCACGGCACAAACGAUGUGUACAAACUGGGGGAACUUUGUCAGGAGGUUCAGGAUUGUGCCUUCCCUAUGAUCACAGAUGUGUCGUGGCAGACAACGUUUAACGAGCCCUCCCGUUGCCCGGACAUCGUUCUUGUGCUACUCUCCUGUCGCAGCGUUCUUUACACCAGAGACAAGCCAACAGUGGAGCAGUUCCAGUCACUGUUAAACCUUGUCUCCUACAUGUCUGGUCUCUCGGAUUUACUGUCUGUUAUCAGGAUGGAUGCCUUAAAGAUUAUAAUAGCUGGCGACUUAGCCCUGACAGCAGCAUCCAUCAUGUCCCACAGAAUGAACACACUGACUGCCAGGCAACUACUUGCCAUCGAUGUUUACCAGAACUCGGCAGCUUCUGACUCAGGCUACAGUAAAGUCUCCAGAAUCUGCGACACAGUCAGACAGUGGUGGACUGGCAUCAAGACAUCCGCUUCAACAUACCUAGGAGUGAAAUACAUCAACUAUACAAAGAGAGCUACCAGGAACCAGCAAACCGGUUAUUUCUUUUCAGCACCGGUUAAUAUGACCGGACCAAUGAGUUUUCUCAGCGACAAGGAUACUCCUAUGAACCGAGACUUCCUAGCAGAGGUCAAGGCCACCACAGAUGCAGCAUUCAGCCUUCUCUAUGCAACUGAAGGACAGCACAGUGACAGUGGCAGGCAUCAGUCUAGUUUGUGCUUGAGUUAUCUGUAA